CCAAAGUGACCACUCCUAGUUAGUAGUUUCGCAAAAAAAAAUGUUGGUUCCUUGGGUGAAAUUCGUGGGAAUUCUUCUGGCGGCGAAAUUCGGCGGAAGCGAAAAUUCGAAUGUUCUCCCGGCCGAUAAGCAAACCACCAUUUUCCUACCGAAAGGCGCGAUAAAAUCUUACCGAUUUUCAUCGACAGUCGAAAACGGUUCGUUAUCGAUAACAGUCGUAACUUGCCCGCAUCCGAUUCGAAUGUCUGUUAAAUUGAACCGCAACGACUCGUCCGCAGCCGUUUACCCGAUCGAAAUCGGACCAGUUUUCGACGUCGACGAGGCUCUAACGACGAAUUUCACGUCGCGCGAGGGAGUGUAUAUUUUGGAUUUUUUUCCCGCCCACGAUGAUACCCAUUUGAACGUCUACGUCGGCACGGAAAUCGGCGGACCCGCCGUUUUCCAGCAAGAGAAACACUCGAAAAUUACCGUUCACAAAAAACGAAAGGAAUUGGUGGUCAAAUGGCGUCCGAGUUUAGUCGACCCGCAAAAUACCGAAUAUUGCUUGAUAAUCGACAACAAACAAUUAUUCAAAACUCUAUGCUUGACGAAUCGCAAUCGGGAACCCAAGAAGUCUGAUGGCGUGUACCCGAGGAAGAUUUGCGUGGGGGAGAAGCUGCAGUGCCGGUUGAAGGCCGAUUCGGGGGAAUCCCGGUACUUUUCGCUGUUCGCGACGAACAAACAGAGCAAUUUGACGUAUCUGUACGGUACUGAGACGAGUACCGGUCGCUCGAAGCCGUCGGCAUUGAAAGAUGGCAAAUGGACGUUGGCGAACCUGAAGAAAACCGGCGGGGAAGUUAACUUCAAAUACAGGGUAGCGAAAACUGGAGGGAAUGUGGUGAGAAUGUUCAUCAUUUCGUGCGAAUCCGGUUUGAAAUUAAAAAUCUAUAGAAGAGAUAAAGUAAUAUUAACAAGAAAUUUAACUAAACACAACGUAAUAUUGUUGAAUACACUUGAAAAUGGAUACAAAUACAACAUCAAGCUUAAAACGAGCGCAAAAGACGUCGAUAACAAUUCUCGUAUACAGAUUCUAGUUACAUCGAAAUCACAAUUUGAAUUUCCAUUUCCACAGAUGCCAAAUGACACGAGAAUUAUAGAAUACAAGUCCCUGAAAACUUGUUCUAGCGUUACCAUCGGGUGGCUCGUGCCCCCUCAGACAAAGUCCGCGCAUUACUGCUUCUUCGUGAAAGAGAAGGACGAAAAUGAAACGGCUUUUGAUAAAUGUGGAUUACGCAGACGGAUUACCGAUUUCGUAGUGCAUUAUUGCAAAGAGAUCGAUCACCAGAAUCAGAAAGUUUUAAUAGAAAAAGUGGCUUAUCUUGCGCCGGGUAAAAAUUAUGUCAUUCAAGUUGUCGUGAAAAAGCCAUACUUGAAAUCGCUUUCUUAUGAUUUAUUUCAAACCAGUACUUUGAGAAGUUGCAAAAAGUAUUAAAAAGAUGACUUUGAAGAAACAAUUUUAUAAAUAUUUAUUGUAAUAAGUAAAUAAGAAAACUCUUACUUCUCAGGUAAGCAGCCAAGUGUAUUUGACAUGUUCUGUAACGCAAAGUUAAUGUUUUAUU